AUGGACUUCCUCAAACCAGAAACAGUAUUAGAUUUACAAAACAUUAGAAAUGAAUUAGUUCACAUGGAAGAUACCAUUAUUUUCAAUUUUAUUGAAAGAUCCUAUUUUCCUACAUGUUCUAGUGUAUAUUUGGAGAAUGCUGACGGUUUAAAAAUCCCUGAUUUUGAUGGUUCUUUUUUAGAUUGGGCAUUAAUGCAUUUAGAAAUGUUAGAAAGUCAAAUCAGAAGAUUUGAAAGUCCUGACGAAACCCCCUUUUUCCCAGAUCAUAUCUUAAAGCCUAUUUUGCCCAGUAUUAACUAUCCAAAAGUUUUGGCUUCAUAUUCUAAUCAAGUGAACUAUAAUUCAAAUAUUAAAAGAAUGUAUAUCGAUAAAAUAACCAAAUUAAUUUCCAAAAAUGAUGGAGAUGCUAAAGAAUCAUAUGGAAGUGUUACCACCAUUGAUAUCAAGUGUUUACAAAGCCUAAGUAGGAGGAUCCACUUUGGUAAGUUUGUUGCCGAAGCUAAAUUUCAAAAAGACAAGGAAUUGUAUACCGAUCUAAUCAAAAAGAAAGAUAUCGAUGGUCUAUAUCAAAAUAUUACUAAUUCUGCCGUUGAAGAGAAAAUUUUACAAAGAUUGUUAAUUAAAGCCGAAGUAUAUGGAGUAGAUCCAACUAAUAAAGAAGGUGAAAGAAAGAUUACCCCUGAAUAUUUGGUUAAAAUUUAUAAGGAAUAUGUUAUUCCGAUGACCAAAGAAGUAGAAGUCCAGUAUUUAUUAAGAAGGUUAGAGGAUUCUACAUAG